AUGAUGAGUUCCCCCGGCAGGGCCAGCAGCGCGUUUCCCCUGCACGUCCUGGUCUGGAAUAAUGACUACAGGCGGCUGGACGAGGAGCUGCAGGACAAGGAUGUUGAUCAACGUGAUCCUCGAGGCCGGACCUUGUUGCACCUGGCUGUUUCCUUGGGUUAUAUAGAGUCUGCCAAAGUCCUCCUUCAGCACAAGGCAGAUGUAACUAAGGAGAAUGCCCAGGGAUGGACAGUUUUACAUGAGGCUGUCAGUACCGGAGACCCAGAGAUGGUACAAAUGAUUCUGCAGCAUCGGGACUAUCAGCAGACCUCAAUGACACUUGGAGGAGUUCCUGAAUUACUCCAAAAGAUUAAUGAGACUCCUGACUUUUAUGUGGAAAUGAAAUGGGAGUUCACUAGCUGGGUCCCGCUGGUUUCUAGAGUUUGUCCAAGUGAUGUCUGCCGCAUCUGGAAAAGUGGUUCCAAGCUGCGGGUCGAUAUCACUUUGCUGGGCUUUGAAAAUAUGAGCUGGGAGAGAGGAAGGCGAAGUUUAAUUUUCAAGGGAGAAGAUGCUGGAGGUUGGGCAGAACUGAUUGAGAUCAAUCAUGACGAUAAGUUUGUUACAACGGAGCGUUUUGAGAUUUCCCAACACAUGAAGCGUUUGACGUUGGGAUCAAUGACACCCAAAAGAAAAGAUGUGGAAAGACGCCUUACAUCUCCAAUCAUUAACACGUGCCUUGAUACAAAAAAUAUUGCUUUUGAAAGAACCACGUCUGGAUUCUGGGUAUGGAAGACAGAAAAAGCGGAAGGUGUAAAUGGUUACGAAGCAAAGGUAUACAUUGCAAACAAUGUGAACGUGGUCACAAAAAUCCGAACCGAACAUUUAACAGAAGAGGAGAAGAAAAGAUAUAAAGCUGACAGGAACCCCUUGGAGUCAUUUCUGGGUACGGUGGAGCAUGAGUACGGUGCCCAGAGUACGACCAAGACAACAGAGUAUGCUACAAGUAACAAUCCCACUGCUAUUACUCUGGAGGAAUACUUUGACCCAGAAUUUGAUUUGAAAGGUAGAGACAUAGGAAGACCAAAAGAAGUCACCAUUCGAACGCAGAAGUUUAAAGCAACCUUGUGGAUGAGUGAAGAGUUUCCCUUGUCUCUUAUGGAACAAGUCACUCCAAUCAUUGAUCUGAUGGCCAGAACUAGCGCUCAUUUUGCCAGACUUAGAGAUUUCAUCACUCUAGAGUUUCCACCAGGAUUUCCUGUCAAAAUUGAAAUUCCCCUAUUUCAUGUGCUGAAUGCCAGAAUUACAUUUGAAAAUGUCAAUGGCUGCAGGACGGCUGACAAAACGUCAUCGCAGAUGGCUGGAGCUGUGCAGGGCGAUUCGGGUGCUAGUUUCGAGGUUGACCAGUCAGUGUUCGAGAUCCCCAAAUCUUACCACGUCCAAGAUGACGGCAGGAACAUACUUGUGCAGGAUGAAGAUAACGAGAUCAUGCAGUUUGCCAUCCAGCAGAGCUUGCUGGAGUCCGGUGGAAAUAAAGAAGCGGGGGUGCAUUCCAACGGAGCAGUUGCGCAUUCACAGGACUUCAACAUACAGUACCAAAGGGCACUGCAGGAGAGCUACCUAACGAGCUCGGGUAACUCGCACUGCAGCACCCCCAGUGAACCUUCCAGUUUUGAAAAAGACUUACAGCUCGCCAUGGAGUUGUCUGUCCGAGAGCAGGAGGAACGGGAGAGGCAGCGUCGUGAGGAGGAAGAUGCAGAGCUUCAGCAAGUUUUGCAGCUUUCUCUGGUGGAAAAAUAACUCCUGGGCGAUUCUCCUGAAAUAAGGAUGACCAAAUCUGCGUCAAAGGGAAGGCUUUCAGAGGUGUCGGUCUGAAGAGCACUCCUCGAUUGCCGAAGUAAACAUUUCGCCUGCCUUCU